UGGGGUGGGCCUAGAGGUGGAGAUAAGGUUUCCCAUGGGGGCAACAAUAUUGGGAAUGGGGAUGGUGGUGGGGUUAAUAUCAGCACCGGGGGUGGUGACAUUGGGGACAUCGGGGUUGGAGUUGGGGGUGGGAGUGGCUGUGACCCGGCGGCUUGUGACGCUAAAGUGACCAAUCAGGUUACUGUGACAACGGCAGUGGAUCUCCCAGCUUACUUGGACUUAUCCUUGGACAAACUACGCCAUCCUGCAUUUGUGUGCCAGCAGAUUGCGAUCCUCCUUCUUCUUCUUGUGACAGUCAAUUGCGCGUCCGGCCUGACUUGUUGCAAUGGAGCCUGCACCGACCUUGACAACAGUCCAAGCAACUGUGGUACCUGUGGGAAUACUUGCGCAGAAGGCGAGUCCUGCUGCAAUGGAGCUUGUACUGACCUGCAAAAUAGCCCGAGUAACUGUGGUACCUGUGGAAACACUUGCCCUGCUGGAUCGGCUUGCUCAUCUGGCACCUGCCAAUGCACAACUUUCGAGGGCUUCCAGGACCAACUCACAUUCCCCACGCGCAGUCCGGUUGCCGUUGCAGUGGCUGACUUCAAUGGAGAUGGUAACUUCGAUGUCGUGGCAACGAAUUUUAACGACAAUUCUGUGGCUGUCUUGCUUGGGACUGGAUCAGGGAGCUUUCAGCCACAGACCACAUUCCCUGUGGGCUCUGGGCCACAAGGUGUCGCAGUAGGCGACUUCAACGGAGAUGGCAUUCUCGAUAUUGUGGCUUCAAAUACCAACAGCAAUUCCGUUAGUGUCUUGUUUGGGACUGGAUCAGGGAGCUUCCAGCCACAGACCACAUUCCCUGUGGGCCCCGGGCCACAGCGUGUUAUAGUGGGCAACUUCAAUGCAGAUAGCAAUCUUGAUAUCGUGGUUACAAAUGGUGGGGGUGAUACAGUGGGUAUCCUACUCGGGACUGGAUCAGGAAAUUUCCAGCCUCAGACAGUAUUCGAUGUGGGAUCUAUUCCCGUUGGUAUUGCUGCGGGUGACUUCAAUGGAGAUGGCUAUCUCGAUAUUGCGGUUACUAAUCUCAAUCACAAUACAGUGGGCAUCUUACUCGGAACUGGAUCAGGGAGCUUCCAGCCCCAGGUGACCUACGCCGUGGGUUCUGGGCCAGUUAGAAUUGCAGUGGGAGACUUCAACGAAGAUGACUAUCUUGAUAUUGUGGUUUCAAAUCGCAAUGUCAAUACAGUGGGCAUCUUACUCGGAACUGGAUCAGGGAGUUUCCAGCCCCAGGUGACCUACCCCGUGGGUUCUGGGCCGUUCGGAAUUGCAGUGGGAGACUUCAACAGAGAUAACCAUCUCGAUGUCGUGGCUACGAACAUUAACGACGGCACAGUGAGUGUCUUGGUAGGAACUGGAUCGGGGAGCUUCCUGCCUCACGAAACAUUUCCUGUGGGGGCUGACCCAAUUGGUGUUGCAACGGGCGACUUCAACGAGGAUGGCUAUGUCGAUAUUGUGGCUGAAGACCGCUCAGAAGCGUUCUGGGUUCUGCUCAGCGAGCAGAAAGUGGUACACACACAAUUCAUCAACGCCCGGCGGCUGAACCGAAAGGGCAACUAUCACUGA